CAAGUUCAGCUUCCUGAACUGCGGGGAGCUUGGCGGGCGGUCGCUGCAAGCCGGGCGUAGGCCGCAGAGGUCGCGAGUUCAGGCGUCCCGGCUCCCGUGUGACUGUCGUGAUGUUUUUCUCCCAGGCCGGGGCCCGGCCGCGGAUGUGGGAAGCCAGCCCGUCAGAAUACAAGAAGUGGGUGGAAGUAUUUAAAGCAUGCGAUGAAGAAAACAAAGGCUGUCUAAGCAGAGAGAACUUUAAAGUUGCUGUUGUAAUGCUGUUUGGAUACAAGCCCUCCAAGAUAGAAGCUGAUGCUGUGAUGUCCUCAGUAGAUCCAAACACUUCCGAUCGUGGAUAUUUAACUCUGGAAGAUUUCAAAAAAGCAUUUAAGCAGGUGGCUCCCAAGUUAUCGGAAAGGAUUAUUCUCGAGGUAUUCAGGGCAACUUCCAUCUUACCCUUUGGGUAUCAGCUUAACGUGGGAAAGUUAUCCUAUGAGAUGAUCCAUGUUGGGCAAGCCCUGGAUCUUGACUCCUGGCCUCUUCUCCCAUGAAGCCACAAAACCAAAGCUCAAGUUCAGAUAUGGACCGACACCCCAAGGCAAAAGUGGCCUUGGGAUGCUGAGUUUCCACUAACCUCCUUGGAUUCAAGCUGCCUCAAGAAUAUGGCCUGUCCCCACUAUCUUUUUAACUCAGUGCCUUUAAGGUAGUUUUGUUUUAGUAUCUUAUUUACCAUUUUUGUUUUUUUCAGUGGGGGAAUUGGUCUGACUAUCCAAAAAUAGAAACUCACAUGAAUUAUUAAAUACUUUUUCUCUCAGGCUUUUCUGUCUAAAUUCUCUUUUCCAGAUAUUGAUUUUUUAGACAGAACAUUAGAUUUAUUGGGCAGAGCAUUGGAUUUAUUAAGUUUUGGGGAAGACUAACCAUUUACUUGUAAGAGAUGAUGAAAAUAUAUAAAAUUAGUGAUGCAUUCCUACAGUUUAGUGAUUCUGGCAUUUUAGUUAUGCUGUAUCUUCUAUUGCUAUUUGAAGGAUGUACCCAAGUAUUUCUGACCACUUAUUGUUCUUGUCUUGAAUGUCAUUUAGAAAGGUGUAACAGCUAAAUAUUUAUUUUCACGUGACAUGAAAGCAUAUUAUCAGGAAAUAGCGGUAUAAUUGAAUGAAUAUGCCAUUGAAUCUCAACUUGUUUUUUUCAUCCAUUAUUUACAAAAAGAAACAAUACAAUGUUUUCUAUUUUCAUCAAGGUGUUAUAUAUAAAAGUCUCUUUUCUUGAACUUCCAGAUUUAUUAAAAUUCAUUUUUUUACUGUACUUACACCUAGUGUAAAAUAAUUGCUAAUAAUAAUCUAUGCCUGAGUGUGUUGAUGGGGCCCCAGGACCACCACCAGCUUUGAUGAUUCGCUGGAAGGACUCAGCAUGUAACUGUACUUUCAGCUACGAUUUGUUACAGUGAAAGGAUAUGAAGCAAAAUUAGCAAAGGGAAAGGCACACGGGGCUCAGUCUAGGGGAAACCAGGUGCAAGCUUCCGAGGGUCUGCUCUCAGUGAAGUCACACAGGAUGUGCUUAAUUCCUCCAACAAGUUGUGACAUCAUGUGUGAAAUGUUGCCACCCAAGGAAGCUCAUUAGAGACUCAGCACCCAGAAUUUUUAUUGUGGGAUGAUCACGUAGGCAUUCUCUGCCUGGCAUGUACCAAAAUUCUAGACUCCCAGAA